CGAAGAAAAGAAGUCGAAUCUCGAGUGCGACAUCGGCGUCGGUCCCGCGCGUAGUCUUUUUUGUAACAACAUCUCGCGCGUGUCUCUGUGCGUGUGGGUGUGUGCGGCCUACCACUGUGCCUGCUGCAGCGAAAACUCGGCGAGGAAAAUCGCGGCGUAGGAGUUGGCGAACUUGAGAACACGAGCGCGAGAUAAUAGGGGUGUAUAGGCAUACUGCUAUACCGCAGCAGCGUCGAGAGGCGCGAGAGAUAGCGCGCGACGACGACCCGAGACGCCCGAUCCUUUUCUCUUUUGCUCGUUUUCUCCCACGCAGAGACGCAUACACACAUAUACAUAACGCUAAUACGUACGUAGCGCGUCGCAUAUAUCUACGUACGUGUGCUGCGCAUAGACAUCAAUUGUACUGACACACAUUUACGCCGUGGAGAUAAUCGAGCUGGUGUAUAUAGAUCAUGAGACGCUGGGAUUUAACGGCGUCGCCGCCGUCGUCGUCGAUCGUCGUCGCUUUACUCAUCGCGCUGCAUCUCUUUUGCAGCUGCAAUGUCGCCAACUGCGCCGAGACAAGUCAGAGCCCGGCUAGCAGUGGCAACGAGACGACAGCGACGUCGGCCGCGGCCCAAAUGGCCCUGGGCGAGAAGCAGCUCGGCGACCAGAUACGCUCGAUCCUCAAGCACUACCAGCAGGCGGACCCUGUGGGGCUGCCGGGCGCCCCCAUACCCGAUCCCAUGCCCGUGCCCAACAUGCGCCACUCGUUCUCCAUGUUCACCAUGAAUCUCAACACCAUCAAGGUCUACGGCCUGAGCAAGUUCCGCAUCGAGCAGAUCAGGUCGGAACUGGCCAAGAUGCAGGUCUCGGUGGCCCUCGACAUACAGACGCUCGACAUCAAGGGCCUGUACACGCUGUCCUCGUGGAUCUCCUCGUCGGCCGGCGACUUCAUCGUCAAGUUGAAGGGCGUCAACGUCAAGGGCCUGGCCAGGCUCGAGGUCGGCAACGACGGCAAACUCCAUGCCCAGGACAUCGACAUGGAUCUGACCUUCGACAACAUCGACAUGGACUUCCAGAACCUCGGCUUCUUCGCCUCGGUCUUCCAGGGUCUCAUCAAUUCCGUCGGCUCGUUCAUAUUCGACAGUAUCAAGCCCUACAUCCUCAAGGAGGUCAAUACCAAUGUCAGGGGUGAGGUGAACAAGCACAUAUCGCAGCUGCCCAACUACUUCCCGAACUCGAUCUCUCCGUUCGACAUGGCGGUGGCCGAGGCCCGCAAGCAGGUCUCGGAGAUGGGCUACGACCCGUUCAAGGUCAAGGACUACAGCCAGAGCAUGGGCAUGUUCACGAUGACGUCGUCGCACACCUGGCUCACGGGCCUGGCGAGCUUCUAUCGCAUGGGCAACAUCACCCUCAGCAUGGAGAACGGCACGGUGUACGCCGUGAUGGACGUCGGCACCCAGGAGAUCGAGGGCCGCACCCACUGGGAGGUCAGUCUGAUCGGCGGGGUGGUGUCGCGCGCCGGCACCGUCAGCUUCACCAUCGAGUACUUCCGGGUGCAGCUGAAUCUCAGCCAGCCGCUGGACACGCGCCAGCGCGCCACCCUCGAGGAGCUCGACUUCGAGCUGGGCAACAUACAGGCGAGGAUCCACGGCGCCGGGACACUGGAUUAUCUCGUCGAGGCCGGCGUCAAUAUUCUGCCCAACCUGCUCAGGAACCAGAUAAUGGAUGCCCUCGAGGGACCGAUUCGACGUCGCAUCCAGGACGAGCUGGAUAAAGUCGACGUGGAAAAAUUGAUCGACGACCGCAUACCGGAAAUAGCCGAGCACGCCCGUCUCUUCCAAGGCAUGUCGGCCAAAGACCAAGAGGAAGCUUUGGAAGCCGAGGAGGCGGAGGCGGCUGCUGCAGCGGCGGCAGCGAGCAAUAGUCAAUCCGACAUCGACAAUCAGGAGCCUUUCUCUGAGAGCGAGGAGGAACGCGGUGAAUCUUAAAUUCGUUCGUUCGUAUAUAUACGUGAUCGGAAGAGCACAUUUCUUCAUUUACUUUCUUGUUCGAUGUUUUUUCGCAUUGUUUUUUGUCGUCGUAUUUUUUUUUUGUGUACGUCAUUGUAAAACGAACUGUGCGGCUCUUGUAUUCGAUUAGCGAGUCGGAUGCACACGUUUGCAAAUUUUCUUUCGUUUUUUACGAUUUGCGAUGACAUCUGCUUUUAGCAUUAUAUUCUUUGUGCGGCCAACGCGACGUUUUUUCCUCGGCUAUUUUUGUACAUUUAUUUAAAAAAGAAAAAUGAUUUGAAAAAACGUUCACGUUUGUGUAGCGACGUUUACAUCUCUCUGUAUCAAUUUAUAAAUAAAAACUAAAAUUGCAAUAUUUUGUUGAAAAAGUU